UGCGCACCGUGCCUGGCAGGAGCCCACGGCUUUCAGAUCCAGCAACACCGACAAUGACGCGCGUGGAAGGCGGUCGAAAAAAACGAGCUCUCCUCCGUGAAACGGGCGAUAUCCGAGGCGAGCAAUGAGCGCACGGGACUCACCGGGAAUCGUUUUGCUUCACCGACCGAGCUUCUACCCCGGCGUCGCUCCAGCGAGACUGGGAAGAUAAGCGGAGAAAACCAUUUCGCAACCUAUUUUGCAUGCAGCCUACAGGGCGCAUGAAGUCUGGGAUAUAAUUUCCACCCUGUUCAGUUCUCCCAGAGACCUUGCUGUGAACACCUCAGGUUUUUGUUUUUUAAAUCUAAAGGGGUUUGUGGGGUGUUCGUACUGUUUUAUCUUUUUCUUUUUUCUCUGCAAGAUGUUUUGAGCGCCAAGGUUGCUGUGAGCAGCUGGUGUCUGGAGGUGUGUGUGUGAGCGUGUGUGUGUGUGUGUGAGUGUGAGUGUGUGUGUGUGUGUGUGUGGAGGGGCUUCUUCACUGCGCAGACAAGCGGCGGACCGUCUCUGCGCUACGGCUUGUCUCGUCUCCUCCACUUACAACAAGCCACACGGGACAGGAGGAGAGGUGGAGGGAGGAGGUGGUGGACCAAGUCUGGGCUGGAAAUCUGGAAAUAUACGGCGUUAAAAUGACGAUGUCCGUCCCGGAGAGGAAAUCAGGAUCGGAGGGGAAGGAGGAGGAGAGCGAGGAUGAGAGUGAAAUCUUGGAGGAGAGCCCGUGCGGCCGCUGGCAGAAACGGAAAGAGCAGGUCAGCCAAGGUAAUGUCCCAGGUGUGGAAAGUGCCUCUCUGGCCAUGGACACAGAGGAGGGUGUGGAGGUGGUGUGGAAUGAGGUGCUCUUCUCUGACAAGAAGGUCUUCAAAGCACAGGAGGAGAAGAUCAAGGAGAUGUUUGAGAACCUGAUGCAGGUGGAACACCCAAACAUUGUCAAGUUCCACAAGUACUGGCUAGACAUGAAGGAGAGCCAGGCUCGGGUGAUAUUCAUCACAGAAUACAUGUCGUCGGGCAGCCUCAAGCAAUUCCUGAAGAAAACUAAGAAGAACCACAAGACUAUGAAUGUGAAGGCCUGGAAGAGAUGGUGCACCCAGAUUCUCUCUGCGCUCAGUUAUCUACACUCCUGUGACCCACCAAUAAUCCAUGGCAACCUGACGUGCGACACCAUCUUCAUCCAGCACAACGGCCUCAUCAAGAUCGGCUCAGUGUGGCAUCGGCUAUUUGUUAAUGUGUUCCCAGAUGCCAGCGUCCACAGUAAAGCGAGGCAACAUCGCGAUGAGCAGAGGAAUCUUCAUUUUUUUGCUCCAGAAUACGGAGCUGGUGAAGACGAUUACGCCAUAGACAUUUUCUCCUUUGGCAUCUGUGCUCUAGAGAUGGCAGUACUGGAGAUCCAGGCCAAUGGAGAUACAGCUGUGUCCAAGGAGGCCAUCGUCAAUGCAGGUCAAUCUCUGGAAGACCCUCUCAUGAGAGAGUUCACGCAGUCUUGUUUGCGUCAUGAAGCCAAGCUCCGUCCUACGGCUCACGACCUUCUGUUCCACCGAGUCUUGUUCGAGGUCCACUCCCUCAAACUGCUCGCCGCCCACUGCCUCAUCAACAACCAGUACUUGCUUCCGGAGAACUGUGUGGAGGAGAAAACCAAGUCCUUUGACCCCAGCGCUGUCAUGGCAGAGAUUAAACAUGAGGACAGACAGGGAGUUCAGCUCAAAUAUUCCCAUGUGUCUCCUUUGGAACUCGACAAGUUUCUGGAGGAUGUCAAGAAUGGGAUCUACCCGUUAAUGAACUUCGCUUCAUCUCGGCCUCACCCCGUCCCUCGCGCCCUCUCCUUGUCUCAGGAGCAGGUAGAGACGGUCAAGACGCCGACUCCUGAACCGCAGGAAACAGAAACGAGGAAGGUCAUUCAGAUGCACUGUAAUCUGGAGUCAAAUGAAGAAGGGACCAAAACUCAUCUCUCUUUGUUUCUGAAGAUGGAUGACAAACUUCACAGGCAGCUUAGCUGUGACAUCCUUCCAACUGACACCUCCAAAGACCUUGCCAGUGAACUUGUUCACUACGCCUUCAUAACUGAGGAGGACAGUGAGAAGGUUGCAGGGUUCCUGGAGGACGCUAUCUGCCGACACCGGGUCCGAGCGCUCGCCUCUGGGAGCACACAAUGAGGAGGGGUCACGACAGCGGCAGGCCCAGACAGAGGGGCCAAGGGUGUUGACCACGCGGAUCAAGAAAGGGAGAGGGCAGCAGGCAGGAUCACACAGCUGGUAACAAGAGGGGAGCGGAGGGAGCCAGGGACCCAGCUGGGGAUAACAUGGGGACAAAUACAGAAGGACGCUGGCCCUUAACAGUCAGUAAAUCAUCCCAGACAGAAGGAGGAAACGCUAGCACUGAGAGAGGAACCGAAGGCGCCUCUGGUUGGAGGACCGGAGGCAUCAUGGCUGUGUUCAGCACUCCCACAGAGCAGUGGAAGAUUGACAAACUCCCUGCCUAAAAGGGCUGUCAUGCCUUAAGAUAUCUUGACAACUUAGGUUUUCCAUAAUGCCACUAAUCAGAACGGAUAUGUUUUACUUACAAAUGCAGCAGCUGUCUUUUCAGAGGGACGUUUUAUUGCUCAUAAGCCUCGUUUGCACUCCAAUGUCCACUUUGAUUGGUGAAAACUCAGUUUGACAUGUAAACAAAUUAACAAAGCCUCUCUCCGUCCCAAACAAGAACCUUCACUUUAUUACCGUUUUAGGAAUUCAAUAUUCCAUCCAACCCGCACUGUUAAUAUUCAUUCAGCUGACUUAUUUAUUUCUGUUUAACUGUGAACAAUAGAGGCAUUGCACAAGCCUGUUUUGUUUUGUUUUUUUUGUUUUUUUUUGCUUUAUUUUUAUGAGCUGCAGAGUUAACACACCUCACUGCACUCUUGGGUUAAAGGCUUUUUCUCCCAGAACUAAACACGCCACGCCUAAAUGUAGUGACGAGCAAUGAGAUGAUGCCUCUCUUUUAUCCUGUAGUGCUCUUAAGGGUUUUCCCUGUGAAAGUGUUCUGAAAGCCAAAGACUUGCAAAGUGCCUAAUAUGGCAAUGUACUUUGGACAAAUAUUCCAAAUGAAACAGCGGCAUCAUACCAAAUUUAGCAAUUUGGAAUUUAAUGUACUCAGGCUGACUUUUACAGUUUUAAAUCCAGACGCAUUGAUUGAUUUGGACUAGUUUGCAUCUCUUAUCAUGAGUCCACAGAGUCAGCCUGUGUGAACAUGGAGAUGAACUUGACACCCGCUAAUGGAAGCUCCAUUAAGAACCACAGCCACUGUAUAUUGGACACAUGGAUCAAAUGUUAAUGCUUUCUGCUGCAGUUUAUAUUAGUUUUGGAGGAGAAAAAAAAAAAGGAAUGCGUCACGGGAAGCCUGUGAUUUAAAACCAUAGUCCUAUGUAAGGCUGUUGGUGAUGUGAUCUUAAGACUUAUCAAUAAAAAAUGCCAUAUUGUUAAUAAAUGUUACUGCUAUACCUUUUGUUUUUGUUUUUUUGUUUUUUCUGCUGUAUUUCCCGAACUAUCUGAGGAUAUUUUCUAACUCUGAAUUUGUUUUGUAAAUGUGUUUAGAGGUGUUUGAAAGGCAAAAUCUACCCAAAUUUUCUGAAAAUGUAUGGUGUUAGUAUUUUGCCGUGUCUUUGAUUGAUAAGUAGAGCUAUUAUGCAUAAGCAUUUAGCAGCCUCCAUGAAGAUUUCCAUGAGCUGCAGAUGCUAAGACAUAAUCUCUGAUAGGAUGAAUGGAAUAUUUUUUGCUUUCAACACAUUAAUUUACCAGAACCACAUCUACUGCUUUUAUUUCAGACAAUAUCAGAGUAAGCAUUGGAAUUGAUUACACUGCAACCCACACAAAUACAAAAAUAGAAUACAUCCCUUGAGCUCUACUGGAUUUCUGGAGAACCCAAUCUUGGCACCAUAAAAGACACCAUUUGGGUGGAUUUUACCUUAACAAAACUGGGCAGUUAAAAAAACAAAACAAUAGUGAAUCGUCUGAUCAGCCUUCAGCAGUAUACUCUUGUUUGUCAGACUCACUUAGCUCUGCUUCAUUUGUUUCCUGGGUCUGUAAAGUCGCGGUUUCAUAACAGUUACGCUGCUGUACAGUCAUUGCUUACAGUACUUACUUACUAUACUCUGUGUCAAGCCUUUUUAUCAGUGUCUCUCUGAAAACAGGAGCCCUGAAUUCUCCCAGACAUUCACCUACUAUAGGCUGUGGUGUACAUAUUUGUUUGUGGCUAUUAAAGGGGUUUACUUUGGACAGAAUUUCAAUGCAAAGCAGUGCCACUGUUGCUCUCAUUUGAUCUAGUAAGCUGCAUGUCUUAAUAGCCUGCAACCAUUCAGAACUUUGCAUUUUGCCUUUGUCAGUCACAGUUCAGUUCCAGAGGGGACCUGACCAAGAAAAUGAAUGUUGAGACUGUGCAAACAUGAAAAAAAGAAACCCCAUCCAUAUCAGUCUUACUUUACGUCAGAUUACUUUUUUCCCGUGACUCUGUUGAAUGAAACUUGCCUUUGGAUGUGUUCCACUUAAACCUUUGUUAAAUAUUGUAGCUACUGCAAUUAAAUACAUGACAAUAAACUAUAUGUAAAAUGUU